AUGUCUUCGAAAUAUUCUUCGAGUUCUGGUACUAAUUCUCAAGGACCAAGCGAUCCAAAAUCUUUGUUCUGUUAUGGGUGUAAUAAGGAGAAACCUAUUCACUCCUUCUCGAAAACGCAACAAACGAAAGCGAAAUCAAACAUUCACAAUCCUUACGUGCCCGGUGGAAAAACUCGUAAAAAGCAUCAUACGAUGUGCAAACAGUGCACCCCACAACAGAAUAAUUCCUUAACUUGUAUGCUGUGUACUCGAACCAAGCCUUUGGAAGAUUUCGCGAAGGCUCAACGCAAGAAUGCCGAAAAAGCUCGUUGUUCUAAAUGCAUGGAAAAACGAAGAAAAGCCGAUGAGAACAUUUCCGAUACACCAGAAUAA